AUGGCUUUUCUCAUCCUCGUCAUCGGCGACCUGCAUAUUCCAGACCGUGCUCUGGAUAUUCCGCCCAAGUUCAAGAAGCUGCUGGCUCCCGGCAAGAUCGGCCAGACGCUCUGUCUGGGUAACCUGACGGACAAGCGCACGUACGAGUACCUGCGCGCGAUCACGCCUGAUCUCAAGAUCGUCAAGGGCCGCUUCGACGUCGAGGCCACGGCCCUGCCGCUAGCCCAAGUCGUCACCCAUGGUGCCAUGCGGAUCGGCUUUCUCGAGGGCUACACGCUCGUCAGCAACGAGCCGGAUCUGCUGCUGGCUGAAGCUAACCGGCUCGACGUCGACGUCCUCUGCUGGGGCGGCACCCACAAGUUUGAGUGCUUCGAGUACAUGGACAAGUUCUUCAUCAAUCCCGGCAGCGCCACCGGCGCCUCCUUCUUUGGCUGGGGUGGCGACAGCACCAAGGAAGAGGACGAGAUCGUGCCCAGUUUCUGCCUCAUGGAUGUCCAAGGAAUCUCCCUCACGCUGUACGUCUACCAGCUCCGCAAGGACGCUGCCGGCGUCGAAAACGUCGCUGUCGAAAAGGUGACGUACACAAAGCCGGUCGAGCCUAUCGGUCCGGCCUAG